AUGGUUAGUGAUGAAUGGCUUGCACCAGAACGAUUACCAAUUCGUUAUUAUGAUAUUUCUUCAUGUUUUCGUCAAGAAGCUGGCUCUUAUAGUCGUGAUACGUGUGGUAUUUUUCCUGUACAUCAAUUUGAAAAGACAUCGAAUACAUAUUUAGAACAAAUUCAACUACCUAUUCAACGUCAUCAUAUUCAUCCUAAUAAAGUACCUAAUGAAGAAUUUGAUUUACUUCUUAACAAUUAA